UCAGUCGCCCGCGCGACCCCGCUGCCGCCGGCCGCGCGCCAUGGACGAGCCUAGAGCGCGAGAUCGCGCACCACUCACAGUCAUCGUUGCCCCGAGCAACGCUUCACCCCCCAGAUUGUCCCCUGGCGACCUCCUCCCAGACGGGGAUGCGGCGUUUCACCCCCUGUCAGCUGUCAACGGGCGCCUAACUCCGCCGGGGCUCGAGCCAGCGUCGUACGCGACCCUAACGCCAUUGCUCCCUUUGCCCCCAAUAAGCACCGUUUCGGACAAAUUCGCUUACCAUGCCGGUGGCACUUUCACUGUUAUACAACAGCAACAGUCAUAUGCAUCAUUAUCUCCAGCUCCUUAUAAUGAACCUUUAUCCCCACAGUCUGCGUAUAGUAGACGGAGUGCCUCGCCAAAUUCUUUCGAGAGGCGAUCGCCUACCCCGCCUUUACCUAGUCCCGGAUUGGACCUCAAUGCUGCUCUGCUCGCGAGGGAAGAGCAACAACAACAACAGCAGCAGCAACAACAACAACAACAACAGUCACAGAACGACACAGAAGAGAUAAACACGAAGGAGCUGGCUCAAAGGAUAAGUGGGGAAUUAAAGAGGUAUUCAAUUCCUCAAGCAAUAUUUGCGCAAAGGGUACUGUGCAGGUCACAAGGGACGCUUAGCGACUUAUUAAGGAAUCCUAAACCAUGGUCAAAGCUCAAGUCUGGGAGGGAAACGUUUAGGAGGAUGUGGAAAUGGCUGCAGGAACCUGAAUUUCAGAGGAUGUCUGCGCUCAGACUAGCUGCGGCCCAGAUUCCUCAGAGAGGCAGCUGCAAGCGCAAGGAGGAUUUGGGUUCGGAUACCCUUCCUUCCCCGAAGAAGCCCCGUUUGGUUUUCACAGACCUCCAGCGGCGUACUCUACAGGCUAUUUUUAAGGAAACAAAGAGGCCGUCAAAAGAAAUGCAAGUGACGAUAGCAAGACAAUUAGGAUUAGAGCCGACCACUGUUGGCAACUUUUUCAUGAAUGCCAGAAGACGUUCAAUGGAUAAAUGGAAAGACGAUGAUGCACCAUCAACAGAACUAGACCACCAAUUAGACGAUGGUCUAGACCACGUCCCCAGUCUAGACUCUGGGGAGUCAGAGGAAGAUCACGACGACCAGGACGAUCAUCUCUUGUGACGCCGUAUACCGUAUCAGCAGCUUUUAGUGCUAUGAAAUGGACUUGGAGUUGUUGUUUAAGGUUUCGAAUGAUCGUACAUUUUCAGAGGUGCUAUUGUAAAACCUUAAACAGCCGGUUAGUAAAUGCAAGCGUAAGGAUCAAGUUCUGAUUAUGCAAUUAUUAUUAACGGAUAAACAAUAUAAGUAGAUACGUUCGUGACGGUUAUUCAAGAUGGAGUUAGUGGUAUUCUCAACUGUCGAUGUUGCUAAAGCACCACUUGACAUAAUCUCAUUUCACAGGAUAUAUUAGAAACAUGGCAGCGGACGAGCCUACCUUCUUCACGAUAUAGUUUUCAUCACUUGAAAUAUUAGAGUCUAUUUGUAAAAUAAGGGUUUGAAAUAUUAAAAUAGUAACUUGAAAUCCACUUAGUUACUUGGUCUAUUGUACACAUUGUAAAUAGUAACAGUGAUUGUCUUUUUUGUAAGC